AUGGCAAACAUCAUGCUAUCCACUUUUCUUUGUCUUGAUGAUGAAUCCAUGUCUGAAGCUCAGACACAAAACUUUGUCCCUCUGUUGACUCGAGGAAACAACACUUGGCAGAUUAAGAGGCUGCAUGCCCAGGCACGGGCGCUGCCUGGAAAUAACAUGGACAUGUCGAGGUCGGUGGUCGGUAUUGGAUGGAUGCCGUCGCUCUACUGUACUGCCAUCAAGUGUCGUGUUCACCAGACCCGACUUUACGCCGUCGGAUUACUGGAAACCACUUAUCGUGAAUGCAUCUGGGACGCCAAAAUUGUAAGCUGUGGUGCUCGAAAAGUGAUGGAGGUCAAGGAGGGUGAUUUUUACCAAGAUACCGGCCGGGCCGAUCACUUCAUGCUCUCCAGCCCUUAUAACGUGUUUUCUUCAUGGGCCGCGCGGGUGUUCACGCCGUCGUUCGGAUAA